CUGAUUACUGGUUCCCUCUCCUUCAGCAACAUUUGUUAAAUAGCAACCGUGAAAUUGUGUACGCGUGUGUAAAAUUGUAAUAGGCGGCGGAACAAAAUGUUCCUAAUCUACUUGAUUUCUUUUCUAUUGCUAUUAUAUUACCUCUUCACGAAAAACUACAACUACUGGGAAUCACGUGGAGUGCCAUUCGAGAAACCAUUUUUCAUUUUUGGCAACUUCUACAGUAUAGUGGCCCGAAAACAACACAUUUUCCACCGAAUACGUGACAUCUACAACAACUUCAAAACACCCUAUGUUGGUAUAUACAUCCUCAAUCAACCAACACUGCUUGUCAGAAGUCCAGACUUAUUGAAGCGAAUUUUAGUGAAAGAUUUCGAUAAAUUUUUAAAUCGCAAAAUUGCCUCCAAUGAAGCCGUUGAUCCAGUGGCAACCCACAAUCUUUUCAGUGCUCGAGAUCAAAUAUGGAGAAAUCUACGGGCGAAAAUUUCUCCGGUUUUCAGUUCCGGCAAAAUGAAAAUGAUGUUACCUUUAAUGAAGGAGUGUGCAUCUGAUUUGGUGGUAUAUCUAGAAAAACACAAUAACGAAGAAAUCGACGUUAGAAAUAUGUCAAAAAAAUACGCUGUGGAUAUCAUCUCUUCGUGUGCUUUUGGAAUCAACGCAUAUUGUCUUAAAGAAGAAAAUUCGAAAAUAUUAGAAGUUGCUACAAAGUUAGUCGACUUCAAUUCUUUCGUCAGGAGCAUCUCGGUCUUUAGUUACUUUUUCGCACACAAGUUGGUUGAUAUUUUCAGGCUUACGUUUCUUGAUAAGACCUCUUCUGACUAUUUGGUGAAUAUGUUCAACACUACGAUUAAAGAACGUGAGAAGAAAAAAAUCUUGAGGCAUGAUCUUAUAGAUUUGUUGAACAAUUUAAAGAAAAACGAAACUUUUGACGACAGCUAUCAGUUUGAUGAAAUUAAAAUGGCUGCACAAGCUAUAUUAUUUUUCACAGCCGGUAAUGAUACAACAUCUCUGACAAUUACCUUUACUUUGUACGAGUUAGCUCUAAACAAAGAAAUACAAGAUCGACUAAGGGAAGAAAUACGAGAAACUUUUGAAAAACAUGGUGAUUUUACUUACGAAGCAAUCCAAGAAAUGACGUAUAUAGACAUGGUUUUUAAUGAAACAUUGAGAAAGUACCCUACAAUUACUUUCUUGAAUAGAGAGUCUGCUACCGAGUACACUUUUGAAGAAACAGGAUUCACUUUGGACAAGAACGUUUCUUUAUUGAUUCCAGUUGCUGGACUGCAUUACGAUCCGGAGUAUUUUCCCGAUCCGGAAAAAUUUGACCCUGAACGAUUUAGUGAAGAAAACAAACAGAAAAUAAUACCCUACACUUACCUGCCUUUUGGAGAUGGCCCAAGAAAUUGCAUUGGUCAAAGGUUUGGAGUUUUGGCGCACAAAAUAGCUUUAGCUUACGUUUUGAAGGACUUUGCGUUUGAAAGAACAGAAGCAACAGCUGUUCCACUUGAGUUAGAUACAGCUGCAUUAUUUAUAUUUACCAAAACAGGUCCUUAUUUGAAAGUCACUAAGAUUUAAUGUUUUCAAUUAAGUAAUAAUAAUAUCAGCACUUACUUUUUUUUAA